GUAUUGUAUAAGGUCUAUGGGUGAUUCUCUGUACCUCUCGCUCUCGGGCUCUCGUUCUAAUUCGUAAAAAUCACGAAUGGUCCACGCUUUAUGCGGCUUAUUAUAUAUAAAUCUUUUGCCAGUUGCAGUCUUAACGUAUUUGAUUUUUGGCACAUGGUCUUUAUUUCGUGUUAUUCUAGUUAAAUAAGAUAAAAAAUGAAUUGCAAUAAUGGAUUGGAUUCUGACAUUGAUUUACGUGAUGGUUUAUCAGCUCAAGAAUUACUCGAGAGAGGAGAAGGUUUAACCUAUGAUGAUUUCAUUAUCCUUCCUGGUUAUAUUGAUUUUACUGCUGAUGAUGUGGAUUUAUCUUCUCCGCUUACAAAAAAUAUAACUCUAAAGACUCCUCUUGUAUCUUCUCCAAUGGACACUGUAACGGAGUCUGAUAUGGCAAUUUCUAUGGCACUUUGUGGUGGAAUUGGAAUUAUUCACCAUAAUUGCACAAUGGAAUAUCAAGCUAAUGAGGUUCUUAAAGUUAAGAAAUACAAACAUGGAUUCAUUAGAGAUCCCGUAGUGAUGGGACCUAACAAUAUUGUCGCUGAUGUUACUGAUGCAAAGAAAAAGAAUGGGUUUACCGGCAUUCCAAUCACAGAUACUGGAAAAUUAGGAGGAAAACUAAUUGGCAUAGUUACUUCGAGAGAUAUAGACUUUCGAGAAGACAAAACAUCCAGGCUUUUAGAUGUUAUGACUCCACUAGAAUCCCUCAUUACUGCUAAAUCUACUGUUACCUUACAAGAAGCCAAUCAUAUAUUAGAAAAUAGCAAAAAAGGAAAACUUCCCAUAAUUGAUGACAAAGGGGCUUUAAUUGCUUUAAUUGCAAGAACAGAUUUGAAGAAGUCUAGAAGUUAUCCUAAUGCCUCCAAAGAUUCCAAUAAGCAGCUUUUAGUUGGUGCUGCAAUUAGUACAAGGCCUGAAGAUAAAGAGAGGUUGAAACUUUUAGUGCAAAGUGGAGUUGAUGUCAUUGUUUUAGACUCAUCACAAGGAAACUCCAUAUAUCAGUUGGAAAUGGUUAAACACAUUAAACAAACAUAUCCUACAUUGCAAGUUAUUGGUGGCAAUGUUGUUACAAAGGCACAGGCCAAAAAUUUAAUAGAUGCUGGUGUUGAUGGCUUACGUGUGGGUAUGGGUUCAGGAUCAAUAUGCAUAACCCAAGAAGUUAUGGCAUGUGGUAGACCUCAAGCUACUGCAGUGUACCAUGUAGCAGGCUACGCAAAAAAAUUUGGGGUGCCAAUAAUUGCAGAUGGAGGAAUACAAUCAAUUGGCCAUAUAGUGAAAGCCUUAGCAUUGGGUGCUUCAACAGUUAUGAUGGGUUCCUUAUUGGCGGGAACAUCAGAAGCACCAGGAGAAUAUUUCUUUUCCGAUGGAGUCCGCUUGAAGAAAUAUAGAGGUAUGGGAAGCCUUGAAGCCAUGGAAAGACAAGAUGCAAAGGGAUCUGCUAUGAGUCGUUAUUAUCAAAGUGAAAUGGAUAAACACCGUGUGGCCCAAGGAGUAAGUGGAAGUAUUGUAGAUAAAGGAUCUGUAUUGCGUUUUGUUCCUUAUUUGCAAUGCGGUUUGCAACAUAGCUGCCAGGAUAUCGGUGUAAAAUCGUUUGCCUCUCUCAGGGAAAGCAUAUAUUCUAAUAAUCUUCGUUUUGAGAGAAGAACUCAUUCAGCUCAAAAGGAAGGCAAUGUACAUGGGCUCUUUUCAUAUGAAAAAAGAUUAUAUUAAUAUAGCAUUUAAGAACAUUUCAAUUUCAACAUACUUAACAGAUGGAC